AUGACUCCGGUCGCGGAUAGCAUGAAAUCCAUAGCGUUGUUGCGCACCACCACCAACAACAACAACAAGAGUUGUUACUACGGCGGUUACCCGACCGAUCUGAGCGGUUACGCCGCGGCCUCUAGGUGCCGAUCGCCCCGGAGCCCGGUGGCCGACGACACGGACGACAUAAGCGUCGGUAGGCCGUCGCCACCGGCGUCGGCCGAGUGUUACGCCCGGCUGCACGACGACGGCGGUGGUCAUGGGUCCGAUACGUCGUCGUCCGGCGGCGGUUCCGAUUACUUCGAACCGCUGAAGAAGUUGGGCACGGUGCAGAUCGACAAGGUGAGCUACGGAAUUAGCGAUCGCAAGAGCUAUGCGCCCAAGCGUAGGGCUCACAGGCAGCACCAGCAGCAUCAGUUGUUGUUGCCAUCACCUCCGCCACCACUGCAGCUUGACGGCCGCGUCGACAUGAUGACGAUGACGGCGACCACUCAGCAAGGUGGCCGGACCAUCCCCGGUUCGUCGGCCGUCACCGAGGACGCGCAGCCCGCGGCCGGCGUCAAGUCGUUCAGCAUCGCAGACAUACUCAGCCACGAACCGUCGUCGGCGAGCGGCAAGACACCGUCGGCCACGGCGGCCGACGACUCGGCCAAGAUCGUCAGACCCUGGGCCGAGGAGUAUCAGCCGCCGUGCAGCUCGUUCGUUCACCCUCCACCACCUCCUCCGCCUCCCGCUCACCGACAGCCUGUCGUCGGUGCCCUGUUCCCGCACUCGCUGUUCAUACAACAUCUACAGCACCAGCAGCAACAGCAGCAGCAUCACCAUCACCAUCACCAGCAGCACCAACAUCACCACCAGCACCGGCCAAAGUCUGCCGACUACGAGACGUCCACGUGCACAAGCGGCCGGUCCAGCACGGACGGAAGCGAGUGCUGUACCAGUCCGGAAAUAGCGAGUUGCACACAGUCGAACCCGUCGUCGUCAUCCGCGGCCGCGGCCAGGAAGCAGCAAGCGGCCGGCAAGAACAACGACAAUUCGUCACCGCUUGACGCGCUGUUCCAGAUGACCAGCAAGACGUUCGAUCAACUGCACGGCGACCCGUCCGGAGCCGACACCAGUUCCAGUCAUCUGAAUCUGUUCAACUCGAGGUCGCAGCCCAAGAAGAAGCGCAAGUCUCGCACCGCGUUCACCAACCACCAGAUAUUCGAGCUGGAGAAGCGAUUCCUGUACCAGAAGUACCUGUCGCCCGCCGACAGGGACGAGAUCGCGUCCAGCCUGGGCCUGACGAACGCGCAGGUCAUCACGUGGUUCCAGAACCGCCGGGCAAAGAUGAAGCGCGACUAUGAGGAGCAGAAGAAGGACCGGGAGACGCUGGCCGCCCUCAGUGAGCACAAGAUAUUCUUGGAGACGGCCCAGAACAUGGGAAUACUCAAGAAGAAACCUCAACCAGCUAUGGCGGUGGCGGCCGCGUGUGGUUCGCCCACCGAUCACCUGUUGCAGCAGCAGCAGCAACAGCAGCAGCCGGUCAAGUACGACGAAUGA